GCGCUUUUGUUUCCUCGUCGGAGCUGGGCGGGUGGUACAGCCGGAAGUGUUGUCGGUGGUUGGAAACCGGUGGCGGCAGCAGCAUGGCAACGACCACAGCAACAAAGGUUCCUGAAGUCAGAGAUGUCACCAGGAUAGAGAGAAUUGGUGCCCAUUCGCACAUCCGUGGCUUGGGACUUGAUGAUGCGCUGGAACCCCGACAGGUCUCUCAGGGGAUGGUGGGACAACUCAGUGCUCGACGUGCUGCUGGAGUCAUUCUCGAGAUGAUUAAGGAGGGAAAGAUCGCUGGGAGAGCAGUCCUCAUUGCUGGCCAGCCCGGAACAGGAAAAACUGCCAUUGCAAUGGGGAUGGCCCAGGCUCUAGGGCAGGACACUCCAUUCACAGCUAUUGCUGGCAGUGAAAUCUUCUCUCUGGAAAUGAGCAAGACUGAAGCACUAACUCAGGCUUUUCGCAGAUCCAUUGGUGUCCGGAUCAAGGAGGAAACUGAAAUAAUAGAAGGAGAAGUUGUGGAAAUUCAGAUUGACAGACCAGCCACUGGCACGGGUGCAAAGGUUGGAAAGCUAACCCUGAAAACAACAGAGAUGGAGACAAUUUAUGACCUGGGGACGAAAAUGAUUGAGUGUUUGACAAAAGAGAAGGUGCAAGCUGGGGAUGUGAUUACCAUUGAUAAAGCAACAGGCAAGAUUAGCAAACUGGGGCGAUCCUUCACGCGAGCUCGUGAUUAUGAUGCAAUGGGGGCCCAGACAAAAUUUGUGCAGUGCCCGGAUGGAGAGCUUCAGAAACGGAAGGAGGUGGUUCAUACAGUGACAUUGCACGAGAUUGAUGUGAUCAACAGCAGGACACAGGGGUUUCUGGCUUUGUUCUCUGGUGAUACUGGAGAAAUAAAGUCGGAAGUUCGUGAGCAGAUCAACGCAAAGGUGGCUGAAUGGAGGGAAGAAGGAAAAGCAGAGAUAAUUCCUGGGGUACUGUUUAUUGACGAAGUCCACAUGCUGGACAUUGAAUGUUUCUCCUUCCUAAACCGUGGUUUGGAGAGCGACAUGGCCCCAGUGUUGAUAAUGGCAACGAACCGUGGGAUAACCAGGAUCCGUGGUACAAACUACAGAAGCCCUCAUGGAAUUCCAAUUGACUUGCUGGAUCGAUUGGUAAUCAUCUCAACGUCACCCUACAAUGAGAAGGAAACAAAACAGAUCCUCAAGAUCAGGUGUGAAGAGGAGGAUGUGGAAAUGAGUGAGGAUGCGUACACUGUUCUGACACGGAUCGGCUUAGAAACGUCACUUCGGUAUUCCAUCCAGCUGAUUACUGCUGCUAACCUUGUCUGCAAGAAGCGCAAGGGAACAGAGGUACAAGUGGAUGACAUUAAGCGGGUUUACUCCCUCUUCCUGGAUGAGUCACGCUCAACACAGUACAUGAAAGAGUAUCAAGAUGCCUUCAUGUUCAAUGAAAUGAAAGGUGAAUCGAUGGACACCACUUGAACUUCGCUGUUAUGAUUGCUUAUAACAAUUGAAAGCAGUGAUGUUUGUUACAAUGGAGACCUGAUCAUUUUGUUGAUUUGAUGCAUAUUUUAUGUUUUACCUUUUUCUGUAGUUUUUUUGUAUAAUAAAUUCUGAAAGAUUUAAAUUUUACACUUAA